AUAAUUUUCGGUAAAAACAAAAGAAGAUGUGUGCAAUCAACCUGGCGCGGCUACUAAAUUCCCUAGCUGAUGACUGAACCGAAGCAGCAGCACGGCGCGCGCACACACACACGGCACACAAGACACAAGCCAUAGAAGAUCCCCGGGCCGCCUCAGCUUCUUCCUCCCCACAACCUGGCAAGCUCACCAACCCACCAGCCCCGCUCCUCGGCUUCCGCCGCGCCCACGCAAUCCACUCGAACGGAGCCUAGGGUCCGCGCUUCCAUGGCGGGCGUCGAGUCGUCCGCCGCUCCGCCCCAGGCGCCGCCGCCGCCGCCUCCGCGGGAGGCCGCCCCGGCGCCGGCUGGGCGCCUCGCCGACUGCGUCGUCGUGUUCGUCGUCUUCGGCUUCUUCGGCUUCGCGUGGAUGAGCAGCGCCGCCAACGCCGCCUUCAUCGCCGCUGAGUGGGGCUACGGCGCGGGCUCCAUCGAAGAGGCCUCCGCAAAGGAGAUCGCCCUCGCCGCCUCGGUGCUCCUCGGGGUUUUCCUCCACGCCGUGGUGCUCGUCAUCCUCGGCAUGUGUUGGCGCCAUGAGAGCCGCAGGUCUGAGACUCGAGAGGUUGGUGGGGGUGGAGGCACGGCGGCGCAGCCGGUGCGCGUCUACCAGGAUCCAGUUCCUGGCGCCGUUAUCGUGUCUCUCGUCGUGGUGUUCAUGAUCGUAGCCUUGGGCGUGCUGAUGCUAGAGGAAUCGUGGGCAAAGAGAGCUGGCUACCUGCUUCUGGAAACCGUGUUCUUCCUCGGGUUUAUUGUCUACUGCUUUGUGACUUGUCCGCUUCUUAUCAUCCGAAUAUUUGUGGCUAGCUGUGCUGAGAGGCGUGAAACCACUGGAUCCCAUUGACAAGGCAGGUUCAAGUUUCUGGGAUUCGCAGCUCUGUUAAGACAGGAUUUAGCUUGGGCACUGAGGGUGGGAUGAUAGCACAAGUAUAACUGCUAGUUUCAGGAGUAACAAUACACAACGUUGCUGCUAAUAUUUCUUGAACAAUUCAUGGUAGUCUGUAAGCUCAUAUGGAUAGUCCCUUACAAACUAAUCUCUGUAAAGGGUCCAGCAAGUUUCAGGAGUAUCAAGGCACGGUGCGUUACUACCAUAUUACAUUCCGUCGAAUACAGUAUGUAAGCUCAUCUGGAAAUCCCCUUAUGAACCGGUCUUGUGAAAAGUGUGUAGCAAUACUUCAUCAGCAGAGAAGUUUCUGCUGGACCUAGAUUCCUGUUUUCUCUUGAAAAGGUGUAGCUGUUUCGAUU